GGCCAACAUUUUACAUAAUGAAAUCCAAAAGAAACAAGAAAAGUUCAAACACAUGAAUUUAACUACCUCAGAAAUUUCGACAAAAAGGGAGAUAUAUUAUUCUGACGUUCAAAUUAUUGCUUUCGACUGAACAAAGUCAAAGGCAAUUCGGCUUUAUGUGAUAUUUAAUAGCACUCCGCGUCCUAAAGCUUUUCUGAAACCACAAGUGACACUAGUAUACCCUUUUAUAUUCGUCCUACCCGAAAAUUUCAACCUUUUGAGUUUUGGUUUUGUGCUAAAUAACUUAUGCAUGACGUCGUAAAAUAUUAUUAAAUAGCGUUGGGUUUGGAAUAGUGAAGAAUAGAAAUUUAAAAAAUGGAUAAAAAUUAGAAAUACUUGGAUGUGUGCCGUCAAUGGAAUACUGUAAUUACUGUACUUCACAUUACAAAAUUCAAAAGGGACGCUGAUUUUUGUUUUUCGGCGAACAGAAAGGAGAAUGUUUGUGUGCCGCCUAUAAACAUAAAACUACAUUUGUGAUUCUAAUUUUAAUUGAUUGAAAUCUAUUUAAAUUCUAGGUAUAUAUGAUCUAUUACGUAUAUUUUAAUCGUGCAUGGUUUCUCAAGCCAAACGUAUAAAAUUGAUAUUAAGAAAUCGCUUCGACAGGACAGUCCUAAUAUAUACAACUCUGAUGUGGUAUAUAUAGAUUUGCUUUGCUAUUUUUCCUUUUUGGUCAUUUAAAUGCAGUUAUAGCUACGUUCAGACGUUAAAAACAAUAUAUUUAAUUAAAAGUAAUUGCCGCCCAAACAAAUUUUAAUAAUUUUCCAUGUGCGAGGGACCGCGUUAUUCGUGAUAACCUAAUUGACAUAUAACCGCUUGUCAUUUUAUGUUUGCAGUAAAACCAUAACAACAAACUUUGCAAUUAAAACACAAAUAUUGUAGUCUGAGGAAAGGUAAGUGAAAAUCUCUCGGUCAAUACUAAGUCAUGCAAUACAAAUAAAACCCGCCACUAGCACGGGAUAUGGAGAUUAACUGGCUGAUUAAAAUGUCAUCUGUACAAUACUCAAUAGCUUCAAUUUAAUAGCGUGACUGAAAAUAUUAGCAAAAAAGUUGAAUGGGAAAUCAUGUUGUCGAUAGGGGGAAAUGGAUUGAAAAUAAGAUCUAGAAAUCUGAUGGCUUGUUAACCACAGUAUUCAUCAGUCUUCACAUCAAACAUGCUUAGGGGUAAGAUCUUUAGACUAACUAUUCCAUAGAGCGUAUAAUAGCUCACAUUCAUCAUCAAAAAUACUGUUACAAAGCUUGAACAAUGACUGGCUGCCUCAUGUAUGCAAUCAGUACUCAGUAGUGAGUAUAGUUGUGUAUAUUCGACAUAGAUAGAGGUACUUCAGAUGAUGAGCAUACUUUGUAUUCAUGUACAUACUGCUACGUUGUAGAUACAACAACAAACAAAUUUUUAACAUAUUUAAGCUGAAUGGAAUAAAGGAUAUGGAAAGGAAGACGUGUACGAGAGAAGUGCGAAAGAAACACAACAGAAUCUGAACUAGCCAUUCGAAACUCCAAAGUUGGUCAUAAAAGGUAACAACUGAACAAUUACUCCAUGCUGUAAUUAUUAUAAUCGUCAACGAAUAGUUGUAUUAAGCCGUCUGUCGUAUAUACUGUACAACACGCUGCUAUAAUCCAAUCAGUAGUUUUUUCUAUCCGUUAGAAAAUCUAGAGCACAACUUCGUGAAUGGCACACAACUGAUGAUCAAUCAAGUAACAAAGGUAAAAUAAUGGAUAGAUUAUUUCCUAUAGUGUUAUUUCCAUGUGACGUAUAACUGCUUGAUUAUUUGUCCCAUAUCUGGAGAUGUCCCAGCCUAGAUCUUGGACCUUUUUGCUAGGCUGGCGUUGAUAGGUUUGGUUAAUUUUGGGCUAGCAUUUGGUAAGUACCUAGUAAAGACUGAGUGAAGGCCUAGGUCUGGGCUGACGAUAUCCUAAUCGUGAGCUCUCAACUGUACACUCGUUUCAGUGGACAACCAAUCAGGACGAAGCAGAUUCCAUACACAAAUUGGAGUUGCCUUACAUACUGUAUACACAUAUACUAUGUCUGUGAAAGGAGUGUGUACAUAAUUUAAUACAGUGUAAAUUAACUGUCAUUUACUUUGUUGUUUAUUUAUUAUAGGGAUUGAAGAAUAUAAACUCAAAAAUCUUUCAGGUGAGCUUUAUACUGUAGUUUCUAUAAUGGAGUAACUUGGCGUCCAUUUAUUAGAGGUUGACAAAACUUAGACACUGCUUCUCUUUUAACACAAUUGCACUUAAAUUAACCCAUUCUUUGUUUUAGAAUACUGUUCGAAAAUCUUUAUUGUAGUUCCAACUGGGGAAGAUGAAUAUGUAACCCAGGACACGUUUGUAAAAUUUGAACCUGAAAAGGCUUUAGUAAAUAAAUCAGAAUACGAUAUUACUAAACCUGAUUCAAGUAUAUUCAUUAGAGAUUCAAUAGGCCAGUACCUGCAUGAAGUUCAGUCAAAAACGAGUCUUGGAGAAAAGGACAUUAAAUCAACAAGAACUAUGGACUCAAGAAAGAAUGGCAGAACAGGAAGUUUGCAAAAACGGCAUGUUUUCAGACAAACGUAUCGAGAGCCCUCUGUUCCUGCUGUGAAAAAUCUUGAACCUGAUACCAUAAUUCCACGAGAAGAAUCUUUUGUUUUCCAAACUUUGGUUAACAAACCGAGACUGAAGCCUCGCAAUGGUGGUAAACAUGGUCAUCGAAAACAAAACUAUCAUAUCAACAACAAUGAUCAGUCCGCGAUAGAGUGCUCACGGGACAACUUCGAUGAACAAGUCACGUGUUCAUCACAUGUUUAUACCUUUAACAGAGGAUUGGUUCCAAGUAGAGACGCUCAUAAUUUGGAAUUAUUCCAUACUCAACAUUUUCUCCCACCUGUUGUUGCUGACAGAAUAGGAAAUAUAACUGAGCAAAAACAUUACAGGUUAUUAUUUUUGUGCCCAUUGUUUAUAAUCUCUGACUUUAUAAUGUCCUUAGUUUGAAACAGACUCGUCCCCAGUCGUUUUUGCAUCGGUGUCAGGCCUCUGGUGUUGGGCAUUGUCAAGCUGAGAACAGAAGUGGGCGCGCGGAUUUGGCUCGCGUGUCGGGCUCUUGGUACAACAGCGACUGGAGAUGAGUCUGAGUUUGAAAGAUCUCCUCCUAAUUCCUAUCAUCUAUGUCUUCAACGAAUCAACCUUGCUAUUCCUAUUUAAAAAGUACUGUAUCUUGAUUUUUGUAGUACUUCCAGUCCUAUCUUCACAAGGUAUUGUCCAAAUCUGUCAGAUACAACUCUCAAUGCUCCUAUCACUACUGACAUUACCAUUAAUACAGUUGUACGUUAUUCUUUUCAUCUCUCACAAACGUCCUCUUUCCUCCCGCAGUAUUUGAUAUUUUUCUAUUUUCUUAAGUUUUUUCCUUCAUUCUUGUAUCGAUGUCAAUGACGUUUUUACAUUCUUGUUAAUUUGCCACACUCCAUGUGUGGCAAAAUCCCACGAUUCAUUUUCUGUAACACCUACUGGCUUAAAUAAAGACGAUUAAAGUAUUUACAAUAUACUAGAAUCUAACUAAAGCUAUCUUCCACUGGAUUUUCUUAAUAUUAUAUAUAAAAUGUUAUAUAGGUUACCGCGAGAAAAAGACGAGAAAAGUUCAAACGACGCAAGUUAUUUCCUGAACGCAUUAUAUUCUAAUGACCAAAGUUUAGAAAAAAACACAAAAUCUAAACCAGUUGUAUAUAAGGAAUUUUCUGCCGAGACAGUUAUACCAGCUGCUUAUGGAAGAAGAAGAUACUUCGAUUUUCAGGGAUAUAUCCAAUUUCUUUGUAAAGAACGAAAUCUAAGAAAAACAAGUUCAAGACAACUGGAUGAUUGGGGAAAACUAGAAUCUAGUUCUUGGUUAAACAACCUUAGUGAUGCUUUGGUAUGUAUUUGACGUGAUUAUUCCGACAGGAACAUUUACUGACGUUGCGAUUUGUCGUACACGGUCAAUCAUAUACCUGGAGCGAGGACUCGAGUUAAAAAAGGAAGCCAAGAUGGCGGAAAUUGAAGGGUCAGUCAGGGGUUUCAGAAUGAUUUGAAGUAGGCGGUUGUACCAAAAAAGUAGCCGGCUGUGACUGAUAGUUAAAAGAUCGCGCGGGGAGGGGAGCGUGCCCUCGCAUGGAAAUUUAAAAAAUUUUCGCCGCAAAUUAACAAUCAAAUAAUAUAGAAUACGUAAAAAGACAAAGUACAACUAUUAACAUGUUAGAUUUAGAUGUCAUUUGCAUUUAGGGGUGGACAGAUAUUUUUUCCUGUAAAAGUGCAGCGCAAGAUAUUUUUUCCCAAUGUAUUUCGCGGCAGGGUAUUUUUUUUUGCCCCUCAUAAUAACUGCUUACAGUAACGUAAGGCUUUCAUAUAGCUAUUGUCAGAGACGUUAGCCAGGGUUUUCAGUCAGAGAAGGUCGAGCCUGAAUCCCAUGAGGGGCCAAGGAAUUUUCACUGUGCUUUAUUUUAUAUGGUUAUGUCUUAAUGUUCCCCAUACUAAAGCGUGCAGGUUUACUUACAAAAAAUGUAUAACUGCACCAAAACCUAAAGCAUGCAGGGAUAGAGUAGAGUACUCGAAAAUGGGGGAGGUACAGUAUAUGAAUGACCUGUAACCUUGGGGGGUUCGGGGGCAUGCUCCCUCGAGAAAAUUUAAAAAUUUGAACCUCGGAAAUGCUAUUUCCUGCGUUUUCAGCCAUGGAUUCGUCCAACAACUUUGCUGUAUACUAAGCCUAAGCAACACUUACUGUCCUUUAUUUUAAACAAGGGAAAAUCACAAAAUGAGCUUUGAUUAAUAUGUAAUAAAACAAGAUUUCAAUAUUGCGAUUUUUAACUGCCCUCCGAAAAAACAAUGUUCCUCCAAAUAUAGCUCUGUAGCUUUUCAAUCGUUCAUACAAAUAGCUUGUUGGGGAUCGAGUUGCAUCCUCUUCAGAAAUUUUUUAAAAUCUAGACUCUCUAAACUGGCAUUUUCGCAUUAAAAUCAUCGUAUAUACAGUACGUUCAACUUGUAUCCUGUAGAUGGGCCUUUGAAGCUUUAAUAGUUUGGAGCUAUGUUAUCAAAAAACGCACACAGACUCAACCAUCCAAAAAUACUUUUUCUACCAUGCAUAUUAGAUAUGUAUAAAUAACUUAUAAACUUGUACAAAUCUUAAGCCCAGAUUUUCUCAGGGGGGGGGCAACAAUUUUGCCAGGGAACGCCACUGGCUAUCGUAUGUUAUAGGCUCCAAAGGCGCCAGAAUCCCUUGUGAUGUGGUCCACUGUUCACCCAGUGUUCUUUUAAGCAAAUGUGCCUGCUCAAAAUGCAAAAUCUUGCAAGCAUGUGGACACAAUACUGAAGUGAAGAACGUCAGUAGAUUUACAUGUAGGAAUUUUUUUUUGAGCGCAUUCUUUUGCAUGAUAUUUUUUUCCUCGAUUGCUUUCUUUCUCCUUGGAUUGCAGGAAAUUUUUUUUCGAAAUCUUCCAACCUCUCCCCCCCCCCUCAAAAAUCAAAUGGUCCGCCCCUUAUACUUGUAAGUGACAAUGUACUUUAAUGUGCUACUUGUAGUUUAAAUUUUUUACAGCUGCAUGAACAGAAUGACAAUGUACACUACAGUAAUAGUAAUUAUUUUAUGAGUCCGAAAUCAUUAAUCAAAUGAUGUUAUAUUUAUGUACGUAAUGAACUUCACUUCACCACUUCCUUUCUUUUGCUAUGUUUGGUACUGUUUGGUAUUAUAAUUUAUCUUAUUGAUCUUCCAAAAUAAGUGAUGUUUUGCUUGAAUUCAGGCUUAAAUUUUAUCGUGGCAAUUGCUGCAGAGGGAGAACAAAAUGCUGUGGAUCAUUGCGGCAAUGACGGCAAUUUUUUGCCGUAUAGUAUAAUUUUUAGACUCAUGUUCACUGUGCAUUACUAUUUUGAUACUUGAAUUCAGAUGUUGAUCAAAUCAUCUGUAAAUUACUAUUUUAGUCUCUUUUCUUCGAAAAAAAACCCACUAAAGAAAUACGUAAACAUGUUUCUAGCUUGUCAGCAAUCCAAAGUCUGUAACAAUAAAAUUAAAUUUUUAUUACAGCAAUUUGAAAAAAAAAAGCCGUGGAAACUGACAAAUUGCUGUAGACAGCUGUUACGUUCUACGGCAAUUUUUAACGCCAUUGCCGUCAAUUGAUUUCAGGGAAAUUCGAGGCCAACUUGAAUUCCAAUUGGAACAUAACAAACAUCGUGUUGGUUCGCUUGUUUUACUGUAUAUAAAAUUUUUCCUGUGACCAGACGAAAAGUAGCCGGCGGUAAAAGUUCAAGUAGCCGGCGGAACUCCGCCGGCCGCCGGCUUAUUCUGAAACCCCUGGUCAGUUCCAGUCCCUUUCCAGUUCCAGUCCCUAUUGUUUUCGUCUGUGCGGAAAUUUCGUAUUUUGACAUCGAGUUAAAGAAUAACACUGUGCUUUUAUGAACUGAUAACUUGUUUCGCGAAACUGUUUACGACCUUCAUAACUAUUAGUUGUCAAUCUCCCGCUAUCAUGGCUUCACUUUUCUCACUCAUUGAAUGUUUAUAGCCGUUUAAAAUUUGAACCAUAAGCUUCCAUGAUCUCUUCUAUCGGUAGAAAUCAACAUUCCAAGAAUGACCAGGUCGGCUUGUGAUUGGCCUUCUAAAAUAAAAGUUGAUCAGUAUAAAAGUAUUAUAUGUAGAGGAUUUCUAUUAGUUCGAUUAUAAAAAGAGGAUUCCUAUAUUUGUUCGUUGACUUUAAUCCAUCAAUUAUAAAGCGUAUUGGUAGAAGGUAACCCACCAACUUAGGGCCUGUUCAUAUGAUCCCGCUUACCGGGACGUCUCGCUUACCGAGACGAAUAUUUCCGUGCGUUCAUAUGGAGUAUUUCGUCCCGCUUGCCGAGAUGAAAUUACAUUGUAGUUCUAUAAUUAGCGUAUGCAAAACUUCUACAUUUCAGUCAAGCAACACAAAUACUUGGCGAUUUUAGUGUUUUUCUUCGUUUAUUUACAAGAAAAAGUAUUGCUUCAGGUGGUUAUUUAAUACUUGUUUACAAAACAAACAUAAAACCAAGUAAAAAGUGUUAAAUUAAACCGGCAAGACUUGUUUCACUUCAUCCCGGUAAGCGGGCUGGCGUGUUCAUAUGGAAAAAUUUUCAUCCCGCCUACCUAUGAUCUCGGCAAAUUCAAACGAGAUCUCGGCAAGCGGGCCAGCUCGCUUUCUCAUAUGAACACAAUGCAAAAUUUUAUAGGAAAAUAGAUAGGCGGCGAGAUCAUCGGUAAGCGAGACGUCCCGGUAAGCGGGAUCAUAUGAACAGGCCCUUAGCUAACUUUAUAUAUAACAGUCAGGGCGGUCUGUUUAUCAGAUGCAGGUCUUUGAAGGAAAAUAACUAGUACAACUUGCAUGUAGAGACGCGGCUAUCCAAGUUCGUGAUGUAGAUUAGCUUGUGAGCACAAGAACAAAAUGAUCCUAUAAGUUCUUUGUAGGUUUGCAUGGCGAUACUUUUUUUGUGGAAACACCACGUAAAUUUAUUACUGUAAUAAUAAUAUUAUUGCAGUAAUAAAUUAGUACGUGGUGUUUCCACAAACAAAAACUAUUAAAAUGACCCUAAUUCAGAUACGUCAACAACAUAUGGCUAAGGUUGGUUAACAUGGUGAACAAAGUUGAACAGAUUAAACAAAUUCCAAAUAAUUUGCCAGAAAUCUAUUCAUGACCAUUCAUUUUAGUCUCAGUCUCAAAAAUCUGCCAUAGUUACAAACUAUAUAGUAUAUAUGACUAUCUUUUGAAUAAUGUUUUCUUGCGCAAACGAUACAGGUCAAAGAUGUGUUUGACUACAGCAGAGUAUUGGAUAUUAAAGGAUCUAGAAUGAAACUCGAUGAAAAUCCAGUACAGAUAAGAUAUCAAGCAAAACCACUAUCUGAACCAAAUCAAAGUUGUUUCCUUGGCAACUCAAACAAGGUCUAUUUUAAGCCACAAAAGACAUUAAAAGUAACUCCAGUGAGAAACAGAAAACCGAAGGGAAAGACAAUUCUCAUUGAACGGUAUGUUUCUAAAGGGCCGGCAUAAAUAUGUUCCGGCAAAUUCAUUAAUUACUCAUUACCCCUAGCCUAUAUUACCCCCAAAUCGUAGUUUUAUUAAUAUUUUAUAUUGUUAUGUCGUGCACGUGCUAAUACCUCGAAAUAGCUAUUGUUAUUGGACAGAUUAGAAUGAAACUAUGAUAUUUUGUUGUACCAAUUAUACAGUGCAAUUGUUCUUUGCUGAAUUUUCCCGGAGUAGACAAAGUCAUGCAGUCCACAAAAACUUUCGUUAGCUAGUCUACAAUUCAGUACUGAAAGCCAAUAUAAACACGUUACUGUUUUAUGACGGCUUGAAUUGUACAUGUACAGACAGUACAAUUCCGGCAUUGCUCGUACCGGUAACUAUAAUAUUAGUGAGUAAACUAAUAAAUGACUUAAUGAUCGACUAUUUAGUGAGUAAUAUAGGACUUAAUGAUUGACUAAUUGUUGUUUUAGGUUGCCAAGCAAGUUUCAGUUUACUCUUCCCGGACGACCUCCCAGCAGUGAUGAUUCAGGAUUUGCUGAGUAAUAACUUGGUCUUGGGUCAAAUAAGUGAUAUACAGUUUUUUUAAUAAUUCUAAUUCUUCUAAUAGCUUGGAUUCUUAACCAUAAAUAAAUAUAAUGGAUUAACUUAAAUUAGCAAGAGAUUGAGAGCUUGAGGAUUUAUAUGCAGUUAUAAAACUUAUAAUCCCUUAAUUAAUCUUACAUUUUAUAUGGACAGUCAUUAAAUUUCACAUCACUUCUUUAUGAUGGCAUAGUAUAGAGAAAAAGUUGGAAUGACCGCAUAAGACAUGUUUAUGUGCAAUGACCAUCAUCGUGAAACUAUACAUAUAAUAUAAUAACUCACCAAAUUAAAACGCCCAAUACUUUUUCAAUAAUGUAUCUAAAUUUGAUUAGCAGAAUGUGACAUAAAUCUCAUUUGCAUACCAAUGGUUUAUAAUGCAAAAG